CACAGUCCGUCAUCCUCAGGCCGAACGAAACGAACCCAGUCCGCAUCUGGAAUUGAAAUCGAAGACACGCAUGUUCGCCGUCAACCGGUUGUUAUGUUUGCAUCUGACCGGAUGAUUUCUUACGUUUUGAAAGCAAAGCGAAGCACGCUGUUUGUGUUUUAAGUGCCGAGGGUCAACCGGCUUUUUUGCUGUUUAUUUCGUUCUGUUUGCUUCAAGAAAACAACGUAUACUCGAAAUGUUACCACCAAUCGAUUGAAGGGCGAGAAUCCGUUGCAGACUGCAGUAUUUAAAUGGUAUGUCCGCUUAUUGGUGCAAAAAUUAAACAAGGAAGAUGUCUAAGGAGGCUUCUACCACGUAUGAGGACCUCAACAUUAUUGGCACAGGUGCUUAUGGGACUGUAUAUAGAGCUCGUAAUAGAACGAACAACACGUAUGUAGCCCUUAAGAAAAUUAGAGUGUCUUUAACAGAAGAUGGAAUUCCAAUGAACACCUUACGAGAAAUUGGCUUAUUGAAACAAUUAGACAGUCACGAGCAUCCGAACAUUGUUCGGUUGUUGGAUAUAUGUCACGGACAACGGUCAGAAAACGAACUAGUUAUGUUUCUUGUUUUUGAACAUGUCGAUCAAGAUCUCGCCUCCUUCAUAGAAAAGUGGGCUAAUAGCAAAGCCAAAUUAUCAAAUGACAAAAUAAGAAAUAUAUCGAGAGAAAUUUUGAGUGGCGUCGAUUUUUUGCACAGCCAGCGAAUUGUUCAUCGCGAUCUGAAGCCACAAAACAUUUUGGUUACUCAAAACUGCCACAUAAAACUCGCCGAUUUUGGAUUAGCCAAAACGUACGACUUUGAAAUGAGACUGACUACCGUGGUUGUAACCUUAUGGUAUCGUUCUCCAGAAGUGCUUCUGGGACAAUCAUAUGCAACUCCAGUGGAUAUUUGGUCUGUCGGAUGUAUAAUGGCCGAAUUAUUUAUGUUAAAGCCAUUGUUUUGCGGUACAUCUGAAGGAGACCAGCUUAGUAAGAUAUUCCAAAUACUAGGUAAACCUCAUGAGAAUGAGUGGCCGGCAACUAACGUUUUUAUUAACUAUAAUAGCUUUGAAGUAAAAAAUAAGAUAGAAAUUAGAACUCUGAUACCAAAUAUAUGUGAUAAUGCGUUUGAUCUUAUUAUGCGGAUGUUGACCUUCAAUCCCUACAAAAGGAUGUGUGCCUUGGAAGCGUUAAAUCAUGAAUACUUCAUGGAAGAACCUUUGGAGUUGUAAGAAAGGCAAAAUCGUUUACUUAAGCAUCUACUACCUGUAAAUUAGAAAUACUGUGCCUUGAAUUAUUUAUUUUUUAAUAUUCUUUUAGAAUAAGUGAAAAUUAAAUAUUUUUAAGAAAUUUU